UAUAUUUUUGGGGCAGGUCUUAUCUUAUCGUUUUGAUAUAGCGCGAGAGUUAGUUAUGUGAAGCUGCAACUAAAAAACUCUCUGCAAUGUUUAGCUUAUGCAACCAUUCUAUAACAAAACCCAUUUUUAUUACUAAUGCAACACUUCCCCAAAAUCCAGAUUCUUCUUCUUCUUCACCUAAACAAACCAAUCUUCCACGAAAUCAAAAACCUUCACUAGGCCCCACUAACUCAGCUAAUUCUUUACCUCCAAGCAAUCUUCGUCGUCGACCGCCACAGCCUUCUUACAUGGAGAUUGAACGUGCCCUUGGCGCCGGAAGCUUCAGAGACGGCGAGCUUGACCUCAAAAUGAAGGAAGAUUCAGACGUAAAGAAGACUACAUCCGAUUUGUUCUUGGGGCAACUAUUUGAAGGAAAGGUGCAAAAAAAGAUGAGGGAAACAGGAGAGUGGCUAGGUGAGAAUGGAGAGACCAGGUUUCGCUCCACUAAAAUGAGAAAAGGAAUUCUGGUGUUUGCGUUUCAAUGGAUGAUGCCAAUUUGGAUUAUAUCAUUUCUAAUAGCUUCUGGAACCAUCAAGCUACCAUUUAGUGUCCCUUUUCUUGAUGACCUCCUCAUGUGAACAUUGGCCAUUUUUGCUUUUUGUAGAUUGGAUAAUUGUUGUAAAUUACUCAAAAGUUCAAAGGAUUGUAUGGUCACUUCACAGCUUAUAUUUAUUUAAUGUCAAAUAUUGUAAAAUAUUUAUUGAUUUA